UAAAGGUUGGAGCGUGCGCCAAAAGAUGAACUGUAAUCCGGGAAGGUAAAGUCUCUUUAUUCAAGAAAACACCAGGGCAAAACGCAGGCCAGAGCGAGGUUACAGGAACCCAGCAAGCACGGCCAGAAAAGGGACUAGGGUCUUCCGGUGCAGCCCUUAAGAAGCUCCCUUACAUCACCCUGGCUUUCCUUCACCACGCCCUUAUGGGCAAGUCCCGGGUCCACCUGGCACCUGUCCCAGGACUAUUGGGCGGGGCUAGGGUUCUCCCUACACCAUGCAUUUAUCUUUUUUUUUUAAUUGAGUGUGAAUGUGUGCAAGUUUGACACUCAUGUGCUGAUGGAAGUCAACAACUUUUAGGAGUUGGUUUUCUUCCUCUGUGAGAUCCAGGGACUGAAUUAGGUUGUCAGACUUAUGUGGCAAGCAUCUUAAUUUGCUGAGCCACAUUGCCAGCCAGUGCAUCAUUUAAAACCGUUUUCUUGGAGCAAAUGCCAAGAGGCCCAAACAUCAAGAGUCAGUAGCACAGCAAGACUGGGGCCCAUGGUUUUUGUUCUGUUACGGCACUGGAGAGCUAUGCAGGUGCUGUAAAACUGAGCUAUACCUCUAGCUCUUUAUAAGAGUUUUAUUUUGAGACAAAGUCUUAUUAAGAUGCUUAGAUUGGGGGAGCCGGGUUCCACCUCCUUUGCCGUUGAUACUGCUGACCUGGGACCCCUCAUCCCAGUCCGGCACUACCACCAUGGCGAAUGUGUACUUCUUGGAUGGGAUUCUGGUGUUUGGUUUGCUCUUUGUUUGCACCUGUGCCUACUUCAAGAAAGUAACUUGUCUCAAAACCUGGCUGUUCUCAGAGAAGAAAGGAGUUUGGGGUGUGUUUUACAAAGCUGAUGUGAUUGGGACCCGGCUGCAUGCUGCUGUUGCAAUUGCCUGCAUUGUAAUGGCCUUUUACAUCCUGUUUAUCAAAUGAACUCCAAAGUAUACCACUCAUCAACUGCCAACCAAGGAGAUAAAGAUGAAGAACUUGUCGGAAACCUGGACCCAGUGUAGGAGAGUUCAGCUAAAAUCAUCAGUAUCCCUAACAUGACACCGCAGCAUCUGCCUGCCAUACGUGGGGAAAACUCAUGGUCACUGUGGCACCAGUGCUAUAACACUUCUUACAGUUUUGGGCGAGGGGCCUGAGGAUUUAAAUUAAGACAAGAAAGGGUGUCAUUCAUGCAAGGAGAAGGCCGUUUAUUACAAAAGGAGGGAAGCCUUAUAUACCAGUCAGCAGGCAUGGUGGAAUACUACCCAGGUCAGAAGUUUAUAUUCCCAGGCCCCUCCAAAAAUAAGGAUGGGCGGAUAACAGGAACUUGAGUUCAGGCCUUAACGGAAGGAGGGAAACAAGAAGUACUUGCUAGAUAAGCUCCUAGUCACAAGCUGGUCUGGAGAUCCCUAUGGGGGAAGGGCCCAACAGGUACCCCUUUUAUAUAUAAACAAAUAGAGCAUCUGUCUUAGGUUGCCCAGGACAUCAACAUCUGCCUUACCCAUCAUUGAAAAGUGUGCCCAGGCCCCAAAGACCCUCUGUCUUAGGUUAACAGAGUCUUACCUGUCAUUGAUUGCUCACUUGUCUUGCAGGCUCAGCCAUACCUGCACCUAGGGGUUAUCCGCUACCAAGGAAAGCAUGAUUUGCUAUGUUUGAAAAUGGUGCUGGGGGCUGGAGAGAUGGCUCAGAGGUUAAGAGCACUGACUGUUCUUCCAGUGGUCCUGAGUUCAAUUCCCAGCAACCACAUGGUGGCUCACAACCACCUUGAAUGAGA